CGAUUUUUCUUUCCCAAUCGACACAUACAAAGCAAUCCAAAUGAUGCUUUAUAGUUCGCGAAACAAAGGACCCCGCCCCAAUAGCUUUCUUCCCGCCACCAUCAUUAGAGCUUUCUCUUUUACCAGACCAUGAAUCCCUCGUCUACCUGCAUUCCACUAGAGCCCCAGCCCAGCUCUCGUAAACGUCGUUAUUUCCAGAUGGACAAUUACUUUACGAAUGAGAUCCUGAAUAUCCCAGCUGACUCGGACACAAGGAUGAAUGAUCUCUUGUACUGUCGUGCGAGUAUAUCAUUGGAACUCGCAGGAGAAUAUCUUGAUAACGCGGUGAAUGCCAUGCACUCUGUUUCAGAAGCGAGCUCAGACUACUCUACGGUGGCUGAAGCUCUUCAGCUUAUAACUGAAGUCAUCGACACAAAUUCCAAGGCUCGAGCUAUUACCUAUCGACAUCGUCUCCUUGAGCUGUCUUCAGAGAAGAAAGAGUCCGAUUUUGAUCCUUCGACUCUGGCUCUUUGUUCUCGGGUAGAGGAAGAAGACUUUAUCUGGUACAGGAGUUUGUGGGAGGUCCUGAAGCUGGUUCUUCAAAUUUCUUUCCGGUUCUUGUGCUUCCUCUGGUCCCUCGGGGAAUUGUCCAGAGUGUUCAUGCUGCUCGCUUCAUCUAUGUGGCUUUUCCAAUCUCCUUUAUAUCACGUUGGCGUCCGGAUUCUGAAAUAUUACGUCCUCUGAUCAAUCUACGUAUUUUCAUAUUACAUUCCUAAUGUCCAUGCAUUCCUAGAUUUUCUGAAUGCCGUUCCUGCAUAUAUCCAAUCCGUUGUACAGUGAGCGUGAGUCGAAGCUUACGGCUCUCUACAUAGAUCCUAAGUUUCGACUCUGAAAGUCAAAACGGCGGGUAGACCACGGUAGCAGCUUUCUAGAAAAACUUCCACUGUCAGUACAUAUCGUGCAACAGACGAAAGGAGUCUGUACAUUACCUGGUCGGAAGUUUCAUAACGCUGAAUAAGCCAUAUCAAUCAGUCAAUUCAGUAAGGUUACUUUGAGAAAUCACCAUCGCCGAAUCCUCUGCGUGAUGCAACACUUCGACAUGGAAAAACGAGACAUCGGUCUGUGUUUGGACGCUCGGUGGAUCAAGGAGUUUAUUCCAUUCAACGCGAGCGUUCAAC